CCAUGCGUCCUCCUUACCCUCCAUAUCCCCUCUUCUGGCCAGAAGUGUUAUAGGCAACACAAAGGGUCAUCAUACCCUUUCCACCUCAUUUAAUCUUGCAUCCUGCAAUCCAGCAGUGACAUUGCUUCCUUGUGUAACCCGAUCUCAUACACUCGAAACACUACCCUCCAACCCUUACAGACCAUACAGACGAAACAGAACGACACAGUACAGUACAAAACAUCCAAAAUGACCAUCCUCACAAAAGCUUCAUCUUUGGCUACUGCAGCCGGCGGUGCCCUUCGGCAUCAUGGCAUCAAGGCAGCCUGCUACAAGUCCACCAGCACCCACGUCCCCUUCCCCGCCGGCAUAAUCGACACCCUCCAAAUCUCCCGCCACAUCUACGAACAAGAAGGUUUCGUUCCCGAGGAAGUAACCGACUCCUACGCCGUCUCGCCCGCCGAAGCCGCUCUGCGCACCACCGCUCCUCACACCUCCGCCGCCAGCGCCGGCGGCGGUCUCAACCACUACCACGGCCUGUUAUGGUCGCACUGGCACCCCGGUCCGACGGCGGGAGUCGAGUACCAAACCCGUCAAUUCGCCGGUUCUUUGAGAAAAAAUGCGGCGGUCUACGACCCGUCCAUCUGGGACUGGGGCGACUUCUCGCAUAUACAACCGGACCACCCCGUCGCUGCGCGCCCCAUCAUGCCGGGGGAUGAGGACUACGAUCCGGUGACGAUUAACGACAUGCCAACGCACAGCGAGGCGAACGUCAAGGCCGACAGGUCGGAUAUCGAUCCCUUACUCGGCCACGGCCCUUUGUGGUCGCACAGACACAACCACGGUUCGAUGGCGGGGUACCAAACCCGGCAAUUUUCGUCUUUGGCUUCCUAUGUUAUUUUCAAACGCCAUGCACCGGUGCAGGACCCGUCUGUUUGGGACUGGGGCUUUUUCAGCCACAUCCAACCGGACCAUCAAAUCCCGCCGCGGCCUAUCUUGCCGGGGGAUCCGCACUAUGAUCCGGUGACUAUCAAUGAUAUGCCGUCGGAGAGCGAAGCGAUUGUCAAGGCGGAGAGGGCGAAUAUUGAUCUGUUGCCGAUGGGGUUGCACAAGGUCAUCCCGUUGCCGGUGGGAGAGGCGAUGCCCGAAGCGACGGAGAGCGAGAUGGAUGUGAAAGCGGAUAGGAGCCCGAUGGCAGAAGAUCCGCUGCACUCGGGGUAUGGGUAUGUUGAGGCUAGUUACUUCAGCGGGGGAGAGAUGGGGGAGGGCAUGAAAAAGGAGAUUUACAUUAGGGAGGAACGGGUGUUUAUGGAGGACUUUGGGGAGGAGGAUGAGAGUAUCGGGACCAGCUUUGGAGAGGGAGAGGGUACGGAGGGAUAUGAAGGGCAGAUGGGGUAUUUUGGGGAGGAAGGACCGGCGUUGAGGAGGAGGUAUGGGUUGGAAGAGGUGGUAGGGAUGGAAAAGAGUGCUGAGGAGAUGGAGUUGGAGGAUGCCAUGUUGCCGCAUUUCUACAGGUUUUAUUGAGCCGUUAACAGUGUCUGUUGGUUUUGGAUGUGUAUAAUGUGUGCGAUUUGAGGUUGUGCUCAGGAUGAACCAGGUAGUAAAUGAAUUCUUGUGUAAACACUUGUAACACUAGCACAUAGCUUGAACAUGUCCCCCGAUAGGAGAUGGACCAAAGAGGUUGGAUCACAACUCCUUACCUCGAGUCUCACCUUAACACCUCGGUUAGAGUCUCCCUCAUCCACACUGAUGUCGAUCCACGUGGACUCGUGGGAUAGGCGUCAUAUAAAAGGGACAAACGAGUUCUGGGACGAUGUUCAU